AACAGUUCAAAGACUUUCAAUGUGUUUCAAUAUGACUGUAUUGAAGAGUGUAAAUAUUAGAUUUAUGCGAGUUAAAAUCACAACUUUUCUUUCUAAGGUUGCCAUAACUUCGUAAAUAGUCCAAAUCAGUACCUCGUCAACUUUAGUAACAACCGUCGCUUGCUCAGUUAGAGGUGAUACGUUGUAAAGUUUGAAGUGACAGGUGACACGUGAACAUUUGGAUGCAGAGUUCGUGGCCAAACGUCGUCAUGAAGAUCAUUCUGAUAAUGGUCUGCCUCUCGCUGCUCGAGCUACUGGCGAGCGUCAGAGGAGACAUUUCAGUCCAAGACUACAGCAAGUAUCCGGGGAAUUCCGCUAUCACCGGGACCAGCUUAGGGCAGACGUCCGCACGCUCGGCAGUCCGCUGCAGCACGUUGUGCUCGCGUCACGAAGAGGAGAAGGGGGAACGUUGUCAUGCGGCUCGCUACCAUGGUGAAACACGUGCCUGUGAAUUGAUGUCACGUAGUGGAGAGGGGGCGGAGGAAUGGCUCGUGGACGGACAAUGGAACAUUUAUGUUAUCCAGGGCGUUGCUGCGUGUGGUGAGGGCUGGCACGAUUACGAAACUUCCUGUUACUAUGUCUCUAAUCAAGCAGAAGUGGACUGGUACACGGCUCGGGAUAGUUGUACUCAGAUGGGUGCGACACUUGCCGUUAUUACUGACCAUGGCGAGAAUGGCUUCCUGAAAGGUUUGCUGGAGUCCGUGUACGGAUCACACUAUUAUUGGCUUGGGGCUAAUGACGUGCUCCAAGAAGGCGUGUUUAAAUGGGAGACGGGGGAAGAUUGGGGCUUCACUGCUUGGGCAGUGACUCCUUGGGUACAACCCCUCGGGUAUGCUGGGUACAACUGCCUGGGUAUCUGGGUGAUCGGCUACGAUGGGUGGGUUGACUAUCUUUGUGAGUAUGGGGCCUGGUACGUCUGUGAGAAAGAUGCAUAGGACGUCAUAUACGUCCAACACAGGAAGAACAACUAUCAUGUUCGUGAAACAGAACUGGUGAACCAUUUAUUUACGUUUGGUGUUUGUUUUUAUGUCAUCGAUUUAUGUUGUUUUGAAGCAGUUACCAGCUAUAAAACUUGAGAACACAAUGGCGUUUUGUAAACGGUCAUUUGAUUUAUCAGCGAGCACAUACCUUUCUAAUGGUACCAAAAUUGUAUGCGGUUACCAAGCAUCCACAUUUAACAUUUAAAGGGUAUACGAGCUAUCAGAUAGCUAGCUUAUUUGUGGAUAGGAUUCCUUAAACGUUUAUUGUUAUUGUUUGGGAUUAAAGUGACACUCUUAUUCAAAAUCAAUACAUACACAUGUAUAACAAACAUUAUUUUUGAGUGAUACACCUUUAAGUUCUUAAAAUACUAAAUAACGCAUUUAUGGAAAAUAUUAAUAACUGAUAAAAAGAUUG